UCAAUGGCGAAACGUAAAAGUCGACAAGGAAGAAAUAAUAUAUUAGAAAGAACCGCAGGCAAUGGUUAUUGGCAUAUGAAUGGUCAAAAUAUUCUUAUAAAAUAUAAUGGUGAAGUUUUUGGUCAUAAGACUGCUUUGAAGUAUUAUCACUAUGAUAAAAAUAAAAAGAAAGUGCAAACCAAAUGGCUCAUGAAUGAAUACAGACUGAAGGCGUUGUCAGAUGACUUUCAGAAGCCUGCAGAGUUGGUGUUGUGCCGUAUUCAGAGGACAAGGACAGGGAGUGACGUAGAAGAGGAAUUUGCUUAUCAUCAAGCAACAUUGCCAAAUCAAGUUCAAGAUCCAGUUAAUUCUGAUGAUUGGGAGAGACUAAGAUCGAAGAGGUUGAAGAGGGACAAGAUUAAUAAUGGCACUCAAUAUGGCAGCACAAAUUAUCAACAACAAGAAGAUUAUCAACAACAAUGGCUUGACACUGGAAAGGAGAACUCCACUGUUGCACCACCGUGCUUUGAUAUGCAACAUGCUUCUGAAACAGGGAAUGAGAAAGACAAUGCCUUAGGUGAUGAUUGGAUGGCAAUGAUAGAAGUACCAUCACCCAGUGUUUUGCUCCCUUUCUCUGAUGAUGUGUUUAAGCUUGAUGAGCACAUGAUGAAUGCUUCCCUGAAUACAGCAGCAGCGGCAGCAGCAACCACAACGACAUGACGUUGAGAUGAUGAGCAGCAAUAGUGUUCCUCAUGAUGAUAAUUAGUAUGACGAAGUUGAUGAAUGGUUGAAAAAUACAAAUAUUUUAGAUACACUGGUACUGA